AUGCCUGUACUCUUCGCAUUCUCCCCUGGUCUUUUCUGCUGGCUCGCCAUCGACUUGUUGUGUGGUUAUAUCGCAACAAUCGCGCUUUAUCAACUGUUUUUUUCUCCACUCCGAUCAGUCCCAGGCCCGUGGUAUGCGGCUGUUUCCGACUUCUGGCUUACAACCCAUAUCUUGCGUCUGCGUCGCUGCCGUGCAAUCAAUGACCUUCUACUCAAGUAUGGACCGAUAAUUCGAGUUGCACCAAACAAAGUCAUUUUCCUUGAUGCACCUACAAUGAAAGUGGUAUACGGCGUGAGCAGCAAAUUAAGCAAGACUAUGUUCUACAAGUCGCUCACCACAAACGCAAAUGAUCAUGCGAUGACAACGCUGGAACAUGGUCCCCAUCUCGCACGAAAACGCGGUUACGUUGCUCAUUAUAGCCCGUCAAAUUUAGCGCUGUUCCAGUCAGAAUUCUACAAUUGUGUCAACCAUUUAACAAGUGUAAUCUCCGCAUCUGCAAGUAUGUCGGCUACCCCAAUCGAUACUUUGCUACUCUUCCGACAUUUCUUCAUCGACAUCAACUGCACACACCUUUUCGCAUAUGAAGCUGGCUCAUUGAAAUCCUGGUCCGAACAUAUUCUGCACGGAUGCCAACCAGAUGAACUCUCCCGUGCUAUUUAUGAUUUCCCGAAACGUGGGCUACUGAGGAGCGUCCUUCCAAAGUGGUUAUGGAACGCCCUUGAGCAGAUUCCCAUUUAUAGAUGGCAGCAAUUUUGCGACUCUGACGCCAGACUCGGACGUUUCGGCUUUGCCAGACUUAACGAAAUGAGGGUCGUAGUUCAGUCUGGAAAGGCAGAAUGCACCGAUACGCAAAGGGAACCUUUAAUUACACGACUUAUUCGCCACAAAUACUCUGAGCAGGAGGCAAUGCCGGAUAAAGAUAUUGUUUCGGAAUGUAUCGGACAUCUUAUUGCCGGAACAGACACUACGACCACAACACUGUCAUACAUAUUAUGGGAACUCAGCCGUCGUCGCGAUGUCAUGCUACGUCUACAGGCUGAGACUGAUGAAUACAUGCCAGAUCCAACACACGUUCCUGACAUACAAGACCUUCAAAAAUUACCUUAUCUGACUGCAGUCAUAAAAGAAAGUUUGCGUAUUUACUCCGCCGGCCCAAGUCCUCUGGAACGUGUUGCCCCAGCAACACCGAAUGCUGAACUGGCUCUGCUCGGACAUUCUAUUCCCGGAGGAACGAUCAUUGCGUCUCAAGCAUACUCAUCACAUCGUCACCCAGGAGUCUUCUUCUGUCCCGAUCUGUUCCUGCCUGACAGAUGGUUGCUUGAAGACCUCUCACCAGACGUUUCUCGACCAAACACGCACAGCUGUUCAUCUACAUUAGGAACUCAGCCUCAAUCUAGUACACCUCCACAAUUUCGGGUUCCGUCCCCUGCACUCUCCGACGCUGAGAAAGGGUCUAAUGUCUCAGUUACUUCGACUUUGAAGACUUCGGUUAGCCAAGCCCAGAUGGCCGCACACAUGUUCCCUUUCGGACAUGGUCCACGGGUCUGCGGAGGACAGAACCUCGCGCAAUUCAUGCUUCGCGUCGUGCUCACUGCUAUCGCUCGGAACUUCGAUCUCGUUGCACCGCCGGAGACGAACGAACGGAGCAUGGCGAUACGAGAUAGCUUCGUGAUAUUUCCCGCUGCUCUGGAAUGUAAACUCAUCUUUGUUCCGCGCACUCCGAGCAGUGCAUCGAAUCGCCACUGA